UUUACCUCGUCACUUCCUGGUGUUUCGGCAGCCAUAUUGGUAUGGGGAAUAGAUGACAAUUUCACCUCAGCCGUAGAGCUACGUUUUUGUUAUUUUUGAAAGUUUAUCAAGCGCGUAUUCACUGUGAAAUAGACGGGAUAUCGAUAUAUCAUCCCAGUUUGACCGUGGUCGAUCCCGUGGAGGGCGUUGAAAGAGAUGAGCAACAACUUAAACAAGAGGGCCCCAACCACAGCAACACAGCGGUUAAAACAGGAUUACCUGCGCAUCAAGAAAGAUCCAGUGCCGUAUAUCUGUGCUGAACCUCUGCCCUCCAACAUUCUGGAAUGGCAUUAUCUAGUACGUGGCCCUGAGAAAACUCCAUAUGAAGGUGGCUACUAUCAUGGCAAGCUAAUUUUCCCACGGGAAUUCCCGUUCAAACCCCCAAGCAUAUACAUGAUCACACCCAACGGCAGAUUUAAAUGUAAUACAAGGUUGUGUCUUUCAAUCACAGAUUUUCACCCUGACACGUGGAACCCGGCGUGGUCCGUAUCCACAAUCUUAACCGGCCUCCUGAGCUUCAUGGUGGAAAAAGGGCCGACUCUUGGCAGUAUCGAAACGUCUGACUUCACAAAAAGACAGUUGGCCUCCCAGAGUCUUGCAUUCAACAUCAAGGACAAAGUCUUCUGUGAACUGUUUCCAGAUGUUGUUGAAGAAAUCAAGCAGAAGCAGCGUAUGCAGGAGGAGCUCAGGUCCCGCUCACAGGCGCUGCCCCUCCCUGACGUGGUGCCGGACGGCGAAGCCCACCAUGCGCAAAAUGGGCACAUGCCCAUCAACGGACACCUACCCCCCGGCGCGGCCCACCCACCCGACCUCCAGCAGGUCAACCGAAACCAUGGACUCCUGGGCGGAGCGCUCGCUAAUUUGUUUGUCAUCGUAGGUUUCGCUGCUUUCGCCUACACAGUCAAGUACGUUCUGCGGAGCAUCGCGCAGGAAUGAAUCGCCCAAUGAGAAACACAGACGGGAGGGACGAAAGGCUGGUGCUGUUCUCACGACCAAAAUAGGUAGCGAGAAAUCAAAAGGGUUUUCUCACAACCAAAUAAAAUGAAGCAGUGUCCCGUUAAUGAAAUUGAGAGCUUGGUGAUUUCCUCCGUAGUGGUGACAACCAGAUCCUGUGUAACACGGCCACUUAAAGGUUAAGGUCACGUGAGAUGAUGGCUUUAUUAACAUGUAAGGAAAUGUUAAAACAAGCAAAUUUUCUACCUUACCCAAUUCCCAGAAGAAGCCAACGUCAUGCGACCAUGAAAUUAAUCUGAGUGGUCUUUUUUUAGGGCCUGAAUCAGCAUUUGUUGUUUUUCACAUUUCUCAAUAAACUGUACGAUUUUAGAA